UCGGCAUCCAUUCCCGCAUCGUUUCCUCUUCUCGAUACUUGUCCUCUCCCGGACUUGUCUCGAUCGCGUUCCUUUUUGUCCGUUCCGUUUCGCUCUUCAGCGACUGCUCUUCUCGACGAACAGGUUCUUCAUCUCCCGGGAUGAUUUUUCGAAGCGCCGUGCAUGCGAUGGUCGUCGCGACCGCCGCCGCCGCCUUGAUCAGUCUUCCGACCUACACGACCACAACGGCUCAUAGUGAGUUAUUAAUCGGUAUAGAUGAAUCCAUGACAACCGCGAAACCAGCAGAUAAUCUGACAACCUCGAAACCGGCAGAUACGAUUGCAACCAUCAAACCAGCUGUUAAUACUACGACCGUCAAGCCGGCAGCACCAGUACCAACACAGGCGCCAAUGAUCAGCUGUUACUGCAACCUGCCCGAGUGUUCAGUGGCCGCCGGGGGAGUUGGAACUUGCUCCACCCGGCUUGGCUGUUAUUCUGAAGUUCAACCAAUCAUUCCUGGAAUCGAAGAGGAAAUCGUGACCCCGGCCCCAACCAAAUCGAACAACACCGCUAACGGAUCAGCUGUUUCUCCAAUCAUCCCCGAAUUUGAACAAUCCCCGGCUGCUGCAACCACCGAACAUGCAUCAGUCAUCAGGGGAUCAUUUGGAUGUUUGGACCAGCUAAACUUCGCAAAACAAUCUUGCGAUGAAAUCCUGAAAUCGAUGGAAGCCGAAUCCUCCGAAUUCCCCAUCAUUCAAGUUCCUACUAACGGAGCUGCUCCCUCUGCUAUGAACGAUGGCGUCCAUGCAUUCCACUGUUGCCAAACAGAAAGAUGCAACGGAAACCAAUCGGGACCAGCAGAGGGAUCCGUGAAAUCUGCCCAGGCCGUAUUAGUCGCUGAAUUGAAGAACACUGUAGAAUCCAACGCCAUUCAUGAUGGCGGGCAAAAUUCUACAGUGGGGGUGCCUUGGACCCCCACUGUCUUCUCAUCGGUCAACUCAUCGAUCAACUCAUCGGUCAGCAACUCAGAUUUAUACAACUCCAAACCAAUGAUCAAAAACGUAGAAUUCUUCGCCAACACUAAGAAACUAAACACAGCAAGUUCAACCUUGUGGGAUGCAUAUUUCGGCAUUAAUGCUUUAUCCGAACCAAAAGCCCCGUCCGCCUUGCAAUCGGACAACAGCUCCGAAGGUGCCUCAUUCAUUGAAGCCACCUCUCCUGCCAUCCCUGCCGCGGUGCCAGCAACAUUACCCGUGGCCGUACCAGACAAACAGGAGAUUACCCACGACGACACCGUCGGCCAUGUGGAACACGAAGUGAACGAGACCGUCAGCCAUGUGGGACACGUAGUGGACGAGACCGUCAGCCAUGUGGGACACGUAGUUAUGAAACGUUCCGACCAGCCAAAGGCCGUACCGGUCCUAAAGCAGACGGUGGACGAGCAGGAGAACAUCUCGGACUUUGACGACGACAUCGCUGCCGAGGUCGCAGCCGCCGUCGCCACCGCCAAGACGCCACUGCAGUUGUCCCAGGAGGAAAAAGCGUCCUUAUCGGACCAGUGGGGCCCCCGUCACAGUGGCGUGCCGGAUUUUCUGCCACCACCCCCAGUCCUGAAGAAGAAUUUUACUACUAAGUUAUUCUCUCCGGUCGAGGGGGUGAACAACCACAGCAACCACUACAACAUCCACGCCGUCAACAAUGACAGCGACGUCAACAAUUCGGUGAUUGGUUUGAUCUGCGCCAUCGCCCUGUUGGGCGUGCUCGGCCUGUCCCUGUUGAUGAUGUUCGUGUUGAGAAACAUCAUCCGCAAUACUGACGUGUUCAAAAACUACAAAGGUGUGUGCAGCAACCCGGGACAGCCGUGCGCUUGCCGGGGCGGAUUCAGCAGGCCGUCCUCGUCCCACCCCGAAGCCGCGGCCGCCGCAGUCAACCGCAACGCGUCGUGUAGCACCGCGCCGUUGCUACCGCCGCCCAACCCCGGCCACCGCUCGCGCCGCGGCCACGCCAACCCCGGUGCAAUGUACAACGACUCGACCGGAGACGCCACUUACGUUUUCACCCCCAUACCCGCCGUGUCCGACAACGUGGCGCCGGUGAGGGUGGUCCGCCGUUGAGGCGCGCGCUCGACCAUCGGUUCAAAGCACACCCGCGCAAAGGAGAAGGUACCUACCCAUACUGUCAAGUUAUUAUUUUGCACUGUAUUAAUAUUAUAUAAAUUACGUCGUACCGAAAAUGACGACGAACACGAUGCAUUGUUAUUAUUAUUAUUUUAUGUCAUUUCUUCGGUAUUUAAGUUGUUAUAAUAUUAUACAAUAUUAUUACGCGUCGGUAGAUAGGUAUAUUAUUAUUAUUAUUACUGUUAAUUGCGUGUUCUUUGGAUAAGACUGAUGACAGAUAUUUUUUUUUCUCAUAUUUCUACAAAAUUAAUUGCAUACGUCGUUAUAGUUAAUUGGACGACCGAAAAGGUUAGGUCGCUAUUACUAUUAUUUGUAUUAUUAAUAUUAGGCAUUGAUUAUUGACUUUACCGUAACCCUGGUUCGGGUACUCGGGACAUGUUUUCAUCGUUUUUUAAAUAUUCCAAAUCAAUAAAACUUUUUGAUUGUAGAAGGCGUACGUAUUACAUCGCGCACGGUUGAACUUCAGAACUUUGAAACUGAGCUGCGUAAAUAUCAAGUCGAGUUUGGUUGAAUUCGAUAGCUUCCGCAAACCGCUAUUUAUCAUAGUUAUCAUAGUAUAAUUAUGAUGUUGACAUUUGUGAAAUUAAUUUAAAAUAUAAUAUAAUAUAUAUACACGCACCUUUCUAAUAAAAAAUAAAUAUUAUCCUUCAUAGAUCGAUCCUGUAUACUGUAUAGGAUACGCUCAGGAGUCGAUCCAGCCAAUUCACUUAUAAAUAUUAUUUUAAAACUAUUAUUUUUUCAAAUAUAACGUAGACGAUAACAACCUUUAAUAUAAUAACCUUAAAAUAACCUUUCACUAGCUCAAUUUACACUACAACAGUUAUUUUUUUUGUCGGAUGUGAUCGCUGACCCAACUAUAAAUCGAUUUAUUAGUGGUAACGCGAAAUCAGUAUUACCUCAGACGGUUUGGUUCGCAAUUUCUUCAACCCAAUAAAGUUACAAGUUAACUACAUAGUAGGUAUUAUGUACGAUGUCCCGAGUUAUCUCCCAGUAUUACGGUGCCUAGGUUUAGUUAUUCCAUUUUAUUUUUAAACAGACGCGAAGGGUGCCGGGAGAAAAUGCCCUACACUUUGAUCCUGAUCCUGAGGGAUCCUGUGGCGGGUUUAAGUAGGUACUAUAUACUAUACGGAUCGGUCGGUCAGCGUCAUCAUCCCUAUAUGAUCUUGACGCCCUUUCCGGCACCCGCCCACGCAGCGCAUUAUUGCGUCUCAUUUUUUUAACUAUUUUAUUUUAUUAUAUUAUUAUGUAUGAGUAAUACUCAUUAUUUCAUUUUGAUUUAAUUUCUAAUAACGUUUUACGACAGAAUAACGUGGCUCGUUUUCGUCGACCUUUUAUUUGUGUUCAUUAUUGUUCAAAAACAAUACGUUAAUAUAAUUAAUAUUGUCAUGUCAUUUACACGUCAAUAAUUACGAUCAUAUAUUUUUCGAAUUCACAUUACAUUCGCUCUCGUUUUUUAUACAAUAUACUUGACGAUUUUUAAGAAUAAAUAAUGAAAAGAAAUCGACGAUAUUGUUUUGAGAGAGAGUUUCGUUCAAUAAUUGUCUCGUUUUUAUCUUGUUUCGUAUUGUAGCCAUUCGGACAUUUUUCUUUUUUUUUUUCGAACAUAACCUACAUUUUUUUUAUCGAUUGUAAACCAGCCACUUUUCAUUAUCUCUGUCAGAUUUUAAGCUCUUAUUUUUAUAAUAUUGUAUGUACAAAAGAACAUUUUACUUAUUAAUCAUCGUCUGAGCAAUUUUAUUUUUUCUACCGCUCAAGUACUUAUAAUAACGAAAACACUCACUUUUAAACGAUGACUUCCUACGUUGUCGCAUAAUAUACUGUACUUAAACUAUUAAUUGUAUGCAAUAUUGUAACUCCCAUUAAUAUAUGUUUUAAUAUAUAUACUUAAACUUUCGUAAUUAUAAAUUCUGUUCAUUUUUAUUUCUGUGUAACUGUAUUGUAAUUUGUCUCCAAACUUAUAAUUUUUUUUUUUUUUUGCUAUUAUAAGUAUUAAUUAUAUCGCCGUUGGUAAUGAUUUUUACGACGAUCGCAGUCUUUAUACCUAUUGUAUGUUAUAAUAAUUAUUAUAUAAUAGAUGUUUCAUAGCAUUUACUACAUUAUUCAAUAUGCGAUUGUAAAAUAUUUUCAAAAUUAUUCACAAUAAAUGAUGAGUGUUUUCUUAGA